AUGCUUGAACAGCAACAAACGUGGCUCGUCAAUGGCCUGCAAGAAAUGUACCGUCGCGCCUUGGAGGGUGAAGGCUGGCCGGGAGAGCCCUUGAAAUGCGAGCCCAACGGCCAUCCUCUAACACACGAUCUGCUUACGCGACUUGGCGCCUUGGACCAGACCAAGGGUGAGCGCUUCGAAGAGAACACUGAGGCUAUGCAGCAAGAUCUCUGGAGGCAGAAUUCCGGACACAUGCAACGCCAGGAGUCAUCCGACGGUAGCUCAGAAAGUGCGCAGUCGCCUAUCAUGCCCUCCCGCUUCUCAGACCCGUUUGCUCGUCAGCUCUCGAGUACGCAAUCCAGCUUUAGCACACCGUCCCAAACGCAAGGCCCCACUAUCAAAUCAGAGCCUCAAAUGGCACCGACAAAUCCCGCCUUCGUUGCCCCCAUGACCAUGCAAGGCGUCGUGAAUCCCCUCGCCCUCCAGACCCCGCAACAGUGGCCCAACAAUAACUUUGGCGCUUUCGACGACAUGGAUCUAAUAGGCGCAUCCGAUUAUACGAAUCUGUCCUUUGACGAUCAGGUUCCCUCGCCGAUGUUCAACCGUCAAUUACCGAUGAGCUGCAUGCUUUCCUCUUCGUCGUAUAUGGACACCAAAGGCGACUAUGAAGACAUCAAUCAGUUCUUGAAUGCCAAUGCGCCCGAGAUCGCAUCGACCUGA